AAGAUGUUUCUCCUAUUUUAUCUAGCACUUUCAUUGCAAACAUGAAUAGACUAAUGGUAUUUGGAAUCAUCUGUGAAAAUAAAACAAAGGUUUCUCUUCUCUAUGCCACACACACGAUUUCCAUUAAUGGUUUUACGUCACACGUCAACAUCGAGGUUGAAUAUAUAAAUGAAAGCCAACACAAAACAGAAGCUAAGUUUGUUUUCCCUGUGGAAGAAGACAGUGCCGUAUAUAAAUUCGAAGCUAAAAUUGGUGAUGUCCAUUUAGUUGCCAAAUCUAAAGACAAAGAUGUUGCCAAAAAGGAAUACAAACAAGCUGUAGAUAAAGGUCAGUCUGCCAUUUUGUUGCGAGAGACAAGUACAUCUGGCGAUAUUUUUGAGUAUAGUUUAGGUAAUAUUCCAGCAAAUGAAAAGAUCCAUUUACAAAUAUGCCUUGUUUCUGAACUUUCUUGUGAAGUUGACGGGGCAGUGAAAUUUCAUAUGCCAUUUGUGCUUAAUCCCAGAUAUGGUCUUAAACCUGCAGAUGAAAAUUAUCAAAAUGCACCUAAACCAAAAGAGUUUAGUUUCAAUGCCUCUGUCAACUGGAAUUCACAAAUCAAAGACAUCAAAUCAGAACAUCCAGUUAGGGUGGAUUAUCAGGAUAACAAGUGUCAUGCUACUGUGAGAAUGGCAAAGGAAUUCAAUUUUGAGAAAGACCUUCUUCUGCAAGUGUACUAUGAAGAUGUAGAAAAACCACAAGUAAUUUUAGAGAAAGGAGAUGAGAAUUCUAAAGGAAUGUUUUCUAAAGAUAUUAUGAUGAUAAAUGUGUUUCCAGAACUUCCGCAAGUAAAACAAUCUGCCGCUAAGAAGCAGAAAGAAAAAUCUAUAUGCUUCGGGAGGGACAGAAAUUCUUAG